ACAUUAUGCCUCUGGUGCUAUAGGGGUCAACCCUGCUGCCUUCUGUUUACACAUGAAGAAGGGCUGCGACACAUGCCGUUGCAUGUGAAGAGAGGCAAUGCUGGACCUCAUUAUUCUGAGCCUCCAUUUCUUGAUCUGCUUUCUCAUCUCCAUUGCUCUCUGGUGUGGACCUAAGGGUGUGGAUUUGCACAGCUCAAGCACAGGAACAGUUGAAGUGGAGCCAGAGGGUCUUAUAUUAAUUGGCAAAGAAGAUGACAUAAAGAAGUCUGGAAGAGUAACAGCUAAAGUCGAUGGCAGAGAAGUUCUUGUUUUUUACCAUGAAGGGAAAUUUUAUGCUAUGGACUCUCGCUGCUACCAUGAAGGAGGCCCUUUGUGCCUUGGAGAAAUAGAGGAUAUCAAUGGUCAAGCAUGCAUUGUUUGUCCUUGGCAUAAGUAUAAAAUUACUUUGGAAACAGGAGAAGGAUUAUAUGAAGGAAUAAACCCUUUGGAGCCAUCACCAACACCACAAUGGCAAUCAAAAGGAGUCAAACAAAGGAUUCAUAAGGUCACAGUAGACAAUGGAAAUGUUUAUGUGGGUCCUCCAGAUUUCUCUGUAAGCUUUGACUCUGAUUAUUUUGCUGAAAAGUACAAACAUGGUGGUGAAUUAGCUAUUAAAAAAAUAAGCAACUGAUGAGCAGCAAAGUAAUCAGAGCCAGAAAUCAAAAUCCUGGUGAAUGCUCUAAUGAAGCACCAUUGUCAUGAAAUAAAAGUGUACUGUGGCUGUGAAGAUUGUCUCCAGAUUAAAUUCUAGUGUUAAUGCUAGUGUUAUGUUAAAACACUGAAAUGUGUAAAAUUGAGUAUGAUAAGAUGCUCUGCAUUGUCAGAAAUGUGACUGGUCUUGUGCCGAUGAUUUUUUUUUUUGCACUUGCAUUUCAAAAAGACUAAUUGAUAGCAGAGUGCUUCGUAAUAGUUGAUAUUUUAGAAAGCCUAUUAUGCUAGAAUUGUUUUAAUUUUUAGAAGUGACUGUAGAAGUUAAUACUACUUAUAAGACACAUCACAUAGUUUAAGUAAAUAGGUGUAAAGGUUAUAGUUUUAUACUUAACAGUUUAUACUUCUAAUGCAUUUGGUAUAAAUGACAUGAAAAUUUAUACCCUUUUAGAUAUACAAGAAAUUUCAGGAUGUUUAUUAAGUGCUACAAAGAGAAGUACAAAGCUUAAGCAUAUUUUUUGUGAGCUUUUUAAUGUCUCUUUAUUACUACUGUGAGUCCAUAGAAGUAUCUAUAUUCUUUUGCCUCAUUGAACUCCUUUUGACAGUUCAUCAAAUAAUGUGACAAGCAUUUGUCAUAUGUAGCUUGUUCAUCUUGAUUCUGUUAGAUAAAGAAGAAGCUCAUGGAGAUAAAAAGCUGAUACAUAAUGUAGUGACUCUUGCUUGUUUUGUUGUUUGUUUUGUUUUUUUUAUUGCGAGCACAAACAUAAGUUUGAAAAGGUGUGCUUUCUGUUUAGAGCCAAAAGUUAGGUUUC